CUGUUUCAGCUGGAGAAUUCGACGUUGUUGAAGUCGAUUCGCGUGACGAAGUUUUUUUUGACGCUGAAAAAUAGCUAUUUUUUGACCUGAGAAGAUGGCGAUGAAAAGCGAUAAGCCGCAGCAACCUGAUUGGGAUGAUACCGACGAGAGUAGCGAUUCUGAAAGCGAUUCGGAGACGGAAGCCACACAUUAUAGAAUUUUUCGGUGUCAGAUAUGUGGUAAGCCGAUCGGUGAAGGGCCGAAAAAGAAAAAAUCGAAUACGACGGCGUUCGCGGUUUCGUGUGGGCACCAGUUUCACAAAAAGUGCCUGAAGAAAAAGAAAGCAGAGUUACCGUGUGAUUGCUUCGUUAAUGGCUGCCGGAAAAAUGGCAGAGUCGAUCCCGAGACGUGGCGGAAAUUACGCGGCGGUACUACCGAGGUAUCGAAGUGCGCGGAAGAAGAAAAGGAUUCCUUGCGCGAGCGGUUAAUAAAAGAGAUGCGGCAAAACACAUUGCUGAUUGAGCAAAACGAGUCGCUGAUUCAGUCGUCGAGAGAGUCGCCGCGUGCUGAAGCCGAGCAAAUUCGAGUUGAGUUAAACUGCGCGAAAACCGAAAUAGAGCAGCUCAAGGCGGAGUUAGCAGAGGUACAGCAAAGAGCUGCGACGCUGGUGGUACAGAACGAUGCGCUGUUGCUCGCGAGUCAAAGUCCAAGAGAUUGGUCAGUCGAGGAACUCUCUGAGGAGACUUUUGCAGCCGAGGCGGAGAGACGUGGUUUCGAGUCAUCGCUGGACAGACUGAACCGAGAAGAACGCGACCGGCGCUACCGGCAGUUUACGGAGAAAAUCGAAGAAAACAACAUGAACUUCGACGAGGCGCUGCAAGCGAUAGACCGACAAAGAGUAUUCACGCAGGUCGACAGUGCACGGAUGAUGGUUUUGAUCGACAUCGACAGAGAGGCGUUGGACAAAGAAGUUAGAUUGUCAGAGGUUCUCGAUGGAAUUAGCGUGCUACCGUCAUUGACAGGUAUCGAGCAGCCGACGAUGCAAAGGAUGAUUGAACUCAACAGACGUCUCGAGCAGCUCGAGAUAAGUUACGACGACGUGUUCGAGGUGGUCAACGAUGAAGCUGAGCGAGCGCGUCUGGAAGCCAGAAAGUCGCUGAAAAAGAAAGAAACUACGAAACCGGCGGCGAAAGCGGUAGUUGAGAAGCCUCAAAAGACCGAAGAGAAACCAUCGACGUUGAAAGAGAAGCGGUCUUCGGUCCCGAACACACCAGACGUAAACCUGGACGGAAUCGAGACGGACGGUAAGAGUAACGACGGUGAAAGCCCUCGACCUGACGAUGAGCGUGCGAAAAGAGAGACACGUAAAAGAACGAGUACAGAGUCGUCAAAAGAGAGCUCUUCGCCAAAAAGCCCUAAGCUAGAGGAUGUUAUACCUGAUUCGGUUAUUUAUGCUUCGCUAAAAAUCUGUUUAGAAAGAGCAGCGCGUGGAGACCUUAAAGAAAGAAUUCAAGGGAUACUCGACUCAUACAACGAAACAUCAACGGUGAAGACCGAGACGCCUCAAGAUUCCGAUAACGCAGUCAAAAAAUCGAUACUCGAGGCGCGGGUGAAAAAUCAAGAGCGUACGCCGAUUACGACGCAGCAACAACAGCCGCGGUACGCCACGCCGAAUACUCCGGCGUCCGAUUCAGCGAGUCGAUCGCAGCGAAGCACGAGCGAGUCACGGAGGCGCGACACGAGCACGGGUGAUUCCUCGUCAAAAAAGACGGAUGUAUCGAGUAGUUCGCGCGGAUCGAGAGUAAGCGGUGUUGAGUCGAUUGAAAAGAAGCGGGCGUCAUCGAGGAGCUCGUCCAGCGAGUCGGAUUCAGAUUCGUCCGAGUCAACGCCACCGAAGAAGUCUAGAAAGUCGAAGUCGUCAAGAAAGCGAGCAGCGACGAAACGCAAAUCAACUUCAAAGAAUAAAGCGUCGCCGAAGAAGAAAAAGGUUACGUCGACAAAAAAGAAACCGGCGACAAAACGUAAACCGGCGACGACGAAACCGGCGGUAAAGCGUAAACUCCCAGUAGCGAGAGACGAGACGCCGGAAAUACCGCCUGAAGGAGUGAAGACUCGUAGCCAGACGCGAAGCGAGUCGAAAUCGGUAGAGGAAGGCGAAGUUACCCAAUCUAGUCAAGAGACGCUCGAGCUUGCGGCAGAUGCGAGUGAAUUCGAGGAGCAGCCUGAAUCAAGACCACCGUUACCGAACGUACCGGCACCUGAGCAGCCGCCGCCCCCGAGCCCAGAGCGAGUUCUACAGGACCAGCAGCCUGGUCUAGCGCAGUUAACGCCGGGCGAACGGGCGCAGCGCGCCUUUCAAGAACGAGAGCGCGAGUUUAGACGAAACAUGGAAAUAGCGUUGCGACAUCACGACCGAGAAGCCGCUAGAGUACGUGAAGGAAGAAUGGAUCUCGGACCAAUAGAAGAUUAUUUCGAGCCGCUGGAAAAUUGCCCGCCGCCACCAGCGCCAGUAUGGCUGAUGGCCGAGUUUCGGUACGAGCCGCGCGGUGAGAGAUACGUUCGAGGUAUGUUUUUUCCGGUAACGCGCGACACGAUUCAACAGUCGAUGCAGAGCCGAGGAAUUUUGAUCAAUAAUGAGUUGACGGUACGAGAUGACUUAUAUUAUCAGAGAGACGGCGGGGCUUGGAUUCUGGGCCGAGUAUACCGUGGAGGCGCUACGUAUUACGUAAUCAACUCGUUCGUCGUCAUCGGAGAUGCUCUCGCGCAUGCGGUGGUAAGUGAGGUGAUCUACCAAAACGUAGCGGCGAGGCGAGCGUGGAGUGUGCACCCGCUCGCGGGCUCACGAAUUCCAACGACCACCAUGUGCAGAAACCUGCGAAGCUUGGUCCAGCGGGCGCCGCAGCGAGUGGUGAUGUCGGCGGGGCAGUUUUGCAUGGAGUCGCAGACGUUCGAAAUUGUAACCGAGAGAAUCCUCGAACUUUGGCGCGCGAUGCAUCGGCGGGGUACGCGACACAUUUUGAUGGUGCCUCCGCUGACGUGGCCGCACUGCCCGGAAAUACGGGUCCGGAUACGGGAGUUUCUACGGCAAGGACCGACGAGAGCAGAGUUCGACGGCAGAUACGUAUAUAUGGAGGCAUUAGAAGAAACGAUCGAGAGAUGCCCUCCAGCGACGUUCCGUGGUGAGACGCCGUAUUUGAACGAGCACCAAGCGUCGGAGGCGUUAGUCAGGAUAUUUGAGUACGCAACGGUCGAGCGGAGAUGGGGGUACGGUCAGUUUCCGCGAGAGCAGGAUCCGCCGCGUCCGGUGGAGCAGCUCCAAGCAAACCAACUUCAACGUAUCGAGGAGAUGUUGAGGCAAGACCGUGCAGCCUUGGCGGCGCAUGAACGAAGGAAUGUCCGCGAGCAGCUGGAACGAGAAGUACACGAGAGGGAGCUGAUCGAAAGAGUGCAGCGACAGAUGAGACACCUUCCUGGCGCAGAUCGUCAAUUACUGCCCGAGCGAGCCGCGCAGUUGGUCAACGAGGUGAACCGACAGAUGCCUGAGCCGCAGCAGCAGCCGCAAGCUGGACCGAGUCGCCAGCAGCCGGCACAAGAAGGAAGACAGUUACAGGUGGCUAUACCACGAGCACCUGGAUUGGCCGGAUUUGGACGAGGUCGUGGCAGGCUGGCGGAGAGACGCGAGCGAAUGCGAUUGGAGGCGGAGGAAGAAAGACAAAACCCUCAGAACGAACAGAACCAGGAUGAUGGCAGAGAAGCACGCUAAAAUGCGGUGAAAAUUUUUCGAAGAGUCGCCUCUGUCUAUUUAGUUUUGUUUUCUCGAUGUAAAAUUUGUCUCACGCGCGAUUCGUUGCAGUAUUACGAGUAGUGAACGAAAGUAGUUCCAAAAUUGUAAAUUUUUUUUUCCCUGAUGUUGUAUUUUUUAUUUUUUCUCGAUCGUGGUCUCAAAUUUUUUUUUAUUAUUAUUAUUGUUGUUUAUUUUUUGAUGUAAUUACGAGUAAGCUCCUCGAGGAAAAGAGAAUUUUUCGAGUAGAGCAGUUUGUUUUGGUAUUUGUUGUUUAUACUAUUGUUUUGUUGUUUUUUGUUUCUACCAUUUGCCAAAUUAAAAGAUGAAGGUUUGUUUAUUGAAUUUUGAGGCGUGCUAAUAAGUAGGGUAUGCCGAAAUGUAAAUAAGUGUGAAUUUGUGUGUGAAUUUGUGCAGGCAAAUGAGUAGUUUAGUUUACGAAAGCAAUGUUUUUUGUGAAUUGUUUUUUGGAAUUUAAUUAAGAUCAUUGAGUAACCAAACAUACGAGGUGAAAUUAAAUCUGCUGUGAUAAAUAAAAUAAAAACUUACGUGUUGGAA